AAAGAAACUAGCUGGGGGCACUUUUGGGUGGGUUGGUCGCGCUCAUGUGAAAUCGGUUGUUUGUGAAUCAUUUUGUAAGAAAAUCAACGGCCACUGAUUCAAAAAUUUCUGGUACACGGUAGAUGGCUUUAAUUCUUAUAGCCAUCGCUCUAAUUUUACUGUGGGUAGUUUCGCUGUGCAAAAUAUUUUAUUCUUCAUCACCUAAGGCCGCAUUUUUCUCUGAAGGCGAAGCUGUUCGUAAAAGAAACAUCUUGCUGGUUGUUGCACACCCAGAUGACGAGUCAAUGUUCUUUUCGCCAACCAUUCUGUAUUUGACUUCACAAGGCAAUAAUGUUCACAUCUUAUGCAUGUCGACAGGUAAUGCUGAUGGCAAGGGGGAUACUAGAAAGGAAGAACUUUAUCAAGCUUGUGCUUCACUAAAGGUUGGACCAGAACAAGUCAAGAUCUUAGAUCAUCCAGAUUUACAGGAUGGAUUCAACCAUAUUUGGAGCCAGAGCUUGCUGGCAGAGAUUAUUAAAAAGGAAAUUGCAAGUCAAGCCAUUGACUUGUUGAUUACUUUCGACUGCUAUGGAGUUUCUAGGCAUCAGAAUCACCGUGAUGUACAUCUUGGAAUACUAAUGCUCUUGCGUGAGACCACAAAGAAGUAUCGAAGCUUGGGAGCUUGUAAGUGUGAGCAUGCUACGUAAAUAUAGUGGACCGGUGGAUAUCUGGAUGUCCUUACUAUGUACCAGCUGUUACCCAAAGCAACAAAUGUGCUGCUUGAUUAAUGGGCAUCCACGUAAAAGCUUUCUUGCAAUGGCACAACACCAGAGCCAGUGGAUAUGGUUCAGGAAGCUGUUCGUGUCGUUCUCCAGUUAUACCUAUGUGAAUGUGCUGAAAAAGAUUGAUGUUUAAGUUUUUGUUUCUAAAGUUUAGAUAAAGUGUGACUGACAUGCAUUAGUGAGUUAUUUAUUAUAUGUAAGAAUUACUGGAUUUUGGGGAUUGAAAGUCAUGGUUUUAAGUUAUCUUUGGCAGUAGUUCUUCUGUGCUCAAGGAAUCAGUUCUUCUGUACUCAACGAAUCAUAACCUUGUACCAGAAGUUCUGCGUAUACCAAAUAUUAUUGCAAGGAAAGGGCUUAAAG